AUGGGUUCGGAGAAGCCGCACUUCCUGUCGCAGCCCGUGGUGAAGAACGUGUUCAUGUUCCGGAACGGGGACCCGUACUUCGAGGCUCGCCGCAUCGUCAUCAACGAGAAGAGGGUGUCCAACUUUGAGACGCUGCUGCGCGAGGUGACCGGCGGGAUCCAGGCUCGGUUCGGGGCCGUCAGGAACAUCUACACCCCGCGGGGGGGUCACCGGGUGGAGGGGCUGGAGAGCCUGCAGAGCGGGGAGCAGUACGUGGCUGCUGGCAAGGAGAGGUUCAAGAAGCUGGAUUACCUAGAUAUUGGCACCAGGAAGAGGAGGAUGAUGCAGGCUCAGCCACUGCAGCUUAAACCGUUGCCACCGAACAGAAUCAUUGUGUCAGCUCGAUUUCUGAAACCCAUAAAAGAUCCAAGCACAAUAUUUGUGGUAGCCAAUGGUGACACCUUGAACCCUGCAAUAAGACUUCUGAUCCACCACAGGAUAAUGGGACAGUUCGACAAAAUUCUGGAACUGAUAACAGAGAAGAUGGGUUUGAGGGUCCUGGGAGGCGUUCGGAGCCUGUACACCUAUGACGGCCACCAGGUGACUGAUGGGAACAAGCUGGAGUGCGGGCAGCUUUAUGUGGCUGUAGGAAGAGAGAGAUUCAAGAAGCUUCCAUACAGCGACAUUCUUUUCACCAGACCCAAAGGAACAAGGAGGAUGAAAGGAAUGAAGGCCUACUCUUUACCACCAAUCUACAGGUUUUCGAAACAAAGUGCAAGCAGUAAGUCCCCGGUUCAAUCCAGUGAUAGUGGAGACGGAGAAUCCAAAGACUCGCCUCCAAACCACAGCGGCAGCAGCAGCAGCAGCAAGGAACAUCUGUCCGUUGUCAGGGAGGGCUCUCAGGCCAGACUCCUCUCCCUCAGGACCAUGGAGAGCGGACAAAGCAUCACUGCUGGCACAGACAAUGAUGACCCAGAACCAAAGGCUGAUGAUGGAAACACAGAUGAAGCUUCACAAGACCAGGAAGCUGAAGAGAAUUCUGAGGUUGAUGAUGAACAAAAGGCCACAACAGAGAAUGACGAAAUGACAGACGGGAAAGUGGAAACUCCUGAAGAUUCUUCUGAGGAAAACAUUUCUGCCAACAAGGAGGACGAAACAGAAAACCAAGAGACAAAUGUGGAAACCAGUGAAGAGAUGAAGGAAGCUGAGGAGCAACAUGAUGACAUAGAAAAGGGAGCAACAGCAGAAAAUGAGCAGGACGUGAAGGAGGAAGUAAAGGUGGAGGUCAUGGAGGAGAGUAAGGACGAGGUUAACAGUGAGGAGCAGGACUCUAACAGCUGCAGCGAUAAGACCGAGGGCAAUAAAGACGAAGAGGACAGGCCCAAUGCCUCCUCUGAGACAGAGACAGAGCAGGACAAUGAGAAAGAUGAAGAUAAACAAGAGAUUAAAGACAGCGGUUGCAGGGAAGAAAGCAGCAAUGACAGCAUUAACGAUGUUGAGUCAGGCGAGGAACAGAAAGAGGCAGAAAACUGCAACAGCCCACAGAAAACUCAAUCAGAAGACGAGAGCAAAGAAAGUGACAGUGGUAGAAGCAGCAGCUGUAAACAGCAGGGAGAUGAGGAAACAAACAAGGAAGCUACCAAAGAGACAGAGAAAGAAGAAGAUGUGGUAAAAACAGAUGAGGAAGCUACCAAAGAGCCAGAGAAAGAAGAUGAGGUAAAAACAGACGAGGAGGCUACCAAAGAGCCAGAGAAAGAAGAAGAGGUAAAAACAGACGAGGAGGCUACCAAAGAGCCAGAGAAAGAAGAUGGGGUAAAAACAGACGAGGAAGCUACCAAAGAGCCAGAGAAAGAAGAAGAAGAAGAGAGCAAAGAGAGUGGAGAAGUAAAGGGAGACAGUGAGGAGUUGGGCAGUGGAGCCGAGCUGGAGAACAAGAACUCUGACAGCUGA